AUGAACCUGAGUGAGCUCAACGCCGAGAUCACUAGCACCUACCAGAUGCUGUACCUGCCUGCCGGAGGUGAUCGUGCCAAGGAUGGAUCUGCCGUCUUUAUAUUCACCGAUCUCGUCGAGUCGCAGGAUUUCCACGGCAAGGCGGGCAGCUUUAUGACGCAAGGGAAAGGAACUUUCAAUGCAGAGAAGUUUAGAGUGGAAGGGUCAUUUAAUAUUGUGCCUGGAAGCGGCAAAGGAGAGCUCGGGGAGAUGUUCAUCAAUGGUGGGAGUGGAAGUUUUGAGUCGGACGAGAAGGAUCCGGGUCAAGUGAAUUAUAAGUUUGUAUUGUCUACGUAG